UUUGCAACUUUUGUGAGCGUCCUCCACUGUUUCCAUUUGAUUGCUGUCGUAUUCGUCGCUGCUGGCGAUGGCGAUGGCCGAUGUUAGUCCUACGCCAUCAUAUACUGUACAGGAAGCAACAAGACAGUCCACACAAGUCUGGCGUAAUGAUCUUACUAAUCUCUUUCACCAGGCAAAGGAUCGAUUCGCAGAUGUCGUUUGGGAACUUCAGUCCGAGGAUAAUGACGAUGAUCCCGAUGAAGUGUGGGGCCACAAAGCUAUCGUCUAUGCACGCGCACCACCUUCCUUCCAGCAACGCUACUUUCAAUUCCGCCCCCCUCCCAUCACUUCCCCGACUCCUUACUCUACCAGCCCUUCCCCAGCGCCAGCACAGUCCGCCAUGUCCUUGAGUCUUACUCUGGACUACGCCCAUACAUCUCGUUCUCCAUCUCCGUACCGUUCAUCGUCCCCUUCGGCCUCCACCAACCUCAAUGCCGUCAUGCGCAUACCAGCCAUUAGUAGCACAACACUGUUUUCGAAUGAGUUGGAAUAUCUGUAUACGGGCGAAGGACUUGGAGAGGCGUUUGAAUUUCUCUUUGAUACCUCAGAGUCGCGCGAGCUUGUCGAUGCAGAAGAGAACCGUGUUGACAAGUUGCGCAAGGACCUUGUGUUUAUGUGGCGAUCUCGUCUCUAUUCUGACGUGCGCAUUGCCCUAUCUGGCACAUUUUCUUCGACAAAUCACGAGCCAGCAACCGCUAUUUUUUCUUCUCACCGCUUCAUUCUCGUGUCUCGCUCCCCCUACUUCCGUGCGCAACUCUUGAACUGGGCUCAGCCGGCAAAGCCUGGGGAACCAAUUACAGUCACGCUCCCCUCGCCUCCUUUUACCCCCGCCUCACUUCAUUUUACUCUGGGGUACAUUUAUACGGGAACCCUUGUGUUCUCUCACCGAACGUACGACCUGGACACCGCAUUCGCAAUCCUCAAGUCAGCGACGUACCUAUCUUUGGACGGGCUGGUCGCUGAAAUACAGGCCCGUAUCGUGUACGAGAUGAUUCAUGGGCUGUUUCAUGCAUCACUUGAAUUCAACGAAUAUGAGCGUAUCACGGGGUCCAAAUGGGGUACUGGCGGGUGUCGGUGCCGACAGUGUGCCCGGCGAGCACCGCGUGUACUCGAAUUUGCGCUUGCAGACGAUGUCAAGAACACUUACUUGGAACGGGGCGCGCGACGGGCGCUUGUAGGCCUGUUCGGGGAAGGCUGGUGCAUCUCUGAAUUCGCAUCGCUUCCACUGAAGAUUCGGGAAAACUUGCUAAAGGGUCUCGCAAAGCGGACGACGCCGAUGAACAUAUUUCCCUUAUUAUUUGCCGCACAGCACGCGAUAAAAAAACUUGACUCUGUCAUUGAUGCCUGGGCAGAUACGUCGCGGGAGAUGGUCCUGCAGGCGCGGAAGACGAUUGACGAGUGCCUUGUGAGUCAAAGUGUCGAGUGUUUCGAACAGGAUGACUGGCUACAGGUCAUGGAGGCAGAUGGCGAGAGGUUUGAUGAUGGCGAGAGGGUUGCAUGGGUGAUGGAGGCUAUUAAACGGGGAAUGGUUGAGAAACACGCUGGAACAAUGUAUCAGAGCCUUGUGAAUAUCCUCCUACGACCACACCCGACAGAUGAGGAUGCUGCCAUGCUCUCCGCCACCUCGCACAUCCGCGUCCAAGUUGAGGACGCUCGUGCAGAUCUCAUCCGGUACAUCCGAAAGCGUUGGAUGGGCACCCGUCAGCAGGGUGGUUUCGAUGGUCUUGAGGGCUGGGCCAUCAAAGAGAUCUCUCAGGAACUGGAAGUCUCUGUUGAAGACCUCGUAUCACCUGCUCAACCCUCGCACCUCCGACGCACUGCCUUCCGCAAGUCAUCCGUAGCUGGAGAUGCGGACUCGGAUACACUUAGUGUGCAUUCGCUGCGCGCGUCUGUACUGAGCCGUAAUAUCAACAACCCUCACAAACAUACCCGUGAAGUUACAACGGCAUCAUCCGCGGUGAGCGUGCGCACCAUUGGGCGUUCGUCUCCACGCAAUGCUGGGACUCCAAAGUCUAACGAUGUACGACCUGACUCUAAACUCACGCCUGAGUCGCAGAGUCUCGUAUCUGUACGAUCGAGUACGACAGAGAAGGCUAUGCAGCGCAAAACAUCCUCAGCUCGUACAGGCAAUGUCAGUCCCACGCCAAACGGGACCAAACCCGCGCUGAGUAAAAUUAUCACUUCUUAUACACCUUCUCCAAAGCCAAAAUCGAUUGCACCCUCGUCCACGCUCCGUAUUCCAUCUGCCCCCCGCCCGAAUUCGAGUUUGUCAAGUGCGAUAAGCGAUGCUACGUUCAGGACUGCUCCCUCUGAAAUCAUCACGCCUCGCUCAAGGAAAGUGUCUGGAGGAUCCACAAUAUCAAAUGUAAGCGCGAGGACCGUAGGGACGAACAGAGGCACUCCUGUGAGAGAAAGAUUGUCAUCUACUGCAUCCACUUCCACGACGACGACCUCUGCCGUCGCCACACGAACAUCCAUCCGCCGCGGAGCAUCCGAAUUUACCAAGCUGACCCCCUCCAAGCGUACACCCGCCAAAACCACCACUCCCUCACAAAGGAAGCCGCUAAGCAGAGUCAUCGAGAACCACUCUCAAAAAUCACCUUGCAUUACGCUUAGCGACCUCGACAAGGGCAAGGAUCGCGAGACGAUCAAGCUUGAUGAUUAUGGGACCUCUCCUGCGGCAGACUCUCCUCCAGCACUCACCCGCCGCGGCGUACGGACUCCCGAACAAUCAUCUGCCUCCCCCGAGGAGGCAAACAUUCUAGUUCAUCUUCGCGUGUCAUCGAAGCGCAAACGUUUCAAGGCAUUCGCACGGUACAUCGGUGAAGUCGAGGGCGAGCUCGGACCCUGGGUCGGCAUCGAAGUACCACUGGAGGCCUGGGUCGGUGACCCCUCAGACGGCCGUCAGUGGAAUGAUGGGUCCUGGGGCGGCAUCCGUUAUUUCGAUAUUGGGAGUAAUGGGUCAGAGUGGGAGUUUGGCGCAGAUGAUUAUCAGACGCACAGACGGCGAAAGGUGGACUGGAUGAACGGAUCAGGGAGGGAUAAUCGCGGACUGAAACGAGAAGGAGAUCAGUUGACCGUGGGCGUUGACCGCACGAAGCGGAUGCGAAGCUCGUCGCCUGCAGCAUCCGACCUGUCGACAUCCGAAUCCAGGGGACUGUUUGUCCGACCGCAACAGGUUCUGUACGUCGUGGACGCCGUUGGUGCUGACCUUUGA